UAAGGGAUAGCUCGCCAAAAUUCAAAGAUGGCAGGUCAGGUUUUAUUUCUCACAUUAUUUUUGUGCGUAAAUCUGUUUUAUGCAGUGUUUGGAAGUGAUUGUGAUUGUGACAGUAGCGAAGAAAUAGCCACUAAAUGCUCUAACGAUGUUGAAUGUGACUGUGGAUAUGGAACUUUAGAAUGCUGUUAUAUGCAUGGUGAAAAGCGUUGUGUGUGCAUAAAAGGGUACGCUGUAAACAAAGACGUUUGUGAAGAGUGUGAUUGUGGACGUGGAGCUUCAGAAUGUUCUUUUGUAAAUGACACAAAAUUCUGUACUUGCAGAUCAGGUUACACUCUUAACGAUGGCGUUUGUAAAGAAUGUGAUUGUGGACCUCAUUCAGAUAGUUGCCAUAUGAUAGGUCCUAUAAAGUUUUGCACUUGUAUUUCUGGAUACACGUUCAAUCCUCUUGAAGGCAAUUGCGAAAGUAA